CCUCAACAGUGGCUGUCAAGAGAUGAGAUCUGGAUGGUAAGCUGAUGGAACGAGAAUGAGCACUAACUUUUGUGGUUGCAAUUGAGGCUGCCAUUUUUAUUUGCAGGAGGAAUUAGAUGCCAAUGAAAAUCCUGAACUCAAGAGAAACAGGCCAAGUAUCAGAAAAUGCAGAUCUCAAUUGUAGCAGUGUCUGUGGGAGGAGGAACAUUUGCUUGGCACAAAAUAAUAUAAUAUGCAAGAAACCAGGCUGGCGUUCAUCUGCAAAUUUUGGACAGAUGGAUGAGAAGAUAGACUCGAAAACUGAGAUGCUGACUUCUUCGACUUCCCUUAGAAGGCUCACGAUAGCAGGAAUCUCGAUGCUUUUGUUAAUUUUGGACUUCUUAGAACCAGCAAAGCACUUGGAGAGCAUUCUGUUUGCCUUUUUCUUACAUACCAGGUAGCUUGCGAUUCUGCUUGAUACAUCAGUUUGUCUUCUACGUAGAGAGGAUUCUAGAUCUUGAACUGAAUCUCUCAUAUGCGAGAGAGCAUCUUUUGAGGUGCUGCACAGAUCCAAUAACCUAAUGGACCCGCAAAGAAUAUCUUCUCCGCAGCUCAAACGAUCUUGCUGUGCGGCUUGCGAUUGGAUCAAAUCUUCUACACACUCAUAUAAGUCUUGAAGAGCAGAUAAUUUGUCGCAUUUGGAUACUGUCGAUGAGGAUGCCCCUUCCGGGGUCCUUAAUCUGCACAAGUGCUCCUCAACAGUGGCUGUCAAGGGAUGAGAUCUGGAUGGUAAGCUGAUGGAACGAGAAUGAGCACUAACUUUUGUGGUUGCAAUUGAGGCUGCCAUUUUUAUUUGCAGGAGGAAUUAGAUGCCAAUGAAAAUCCUGAACUCAAGAGAAACAGGUUAAGUAUCAGAAAAUGCAGAUCUCAAUUGUAGCAGUGUCUGUGGGAGGAGGAACAUUUGCUUGGCACAAAAUAAUAUAAUAUGCAAGAAACCAGGCUGGCGUUCAUCUGCAAAUUUUGGACAGAUGGAUGAGAAGAUAGACUCGAAAACUGAGAUGCUGACUUCUUCGACUUCCCUUAGAAGGCUCACGAUAGCAGGAGUCUCGAUGCUUUUGUUAAUUUUGGACUUCUUAGAACCAGCAAAGCACUUGGAGAGCAUUCUGUUUGCCUUUUUCUUACAUACCAGGUAGCUUGCGAUUCUGCUUGAUACAUCAGUUUGUCUUCUACGUAGAGAGGAUUCUAGAUCUUGAACUGAAUCUCUCAUAUGCGAGAGAGCAUUUUUUGAAGUGCUGCACAGAUCCAAUAACCUAAUGGACCCGCAAAGAAUAUCUUCUCCGCAGCUCAAACGAUCUUGCUGUGCGGCUUGCGAUUGGAUCAAAUCUUCUACACACUCAUAUAAGUCUUGAAGAGCGGAUAAUUUGUCGCAUUUGGAUACUGUCGAUGAGGAUGUCCCUUCCGGGGUCCUUAAUCUGCACAAGUGCUCCUCAACAGUGGCUGUCAAGGGAUGAGAUCUGGAUGGUAAGCUGAUGGAACGAGAAUGAGCACUAACUUUUGUGGUUGCAAUUGAGGCUGCCAUUUUUAUUUGCAGGAGGAAUUAGAUGCCAAUGAAAAUCCUGAACUCAAGAGAAACAGGCCAAGUAUCAGAAAAUGCAGAUCUCAAUUGUAGCAGUGUCUGUGGGAGGAGGAACAUUUGCUUGGCACAAAAUAAUAUAAUAUGCAUGAAACCAGGCUGGCGUUCAUCUGCAAAUUUUGGACAGAUGGAUGAGAAGAUAGACUCGAAAACUGAGAUGCUGACUUCUUCGACUUCCCUUAGAAGGCUCACGAUAGCAGGAGUCUCGAUGCUUUUGUUAAUUUUGGACUUCUUAGAACCAGCAAAGCACUUGGAGAGCAUUCUGUUUGCCUUUUUCUUACAUACCAGGUAGCUUGCGAUUCUGCUUGAUACAUCAGUUUGUCUUCUACGUAGAGAGGAUUCUAGAUCUUGAACUGAAUCUCUCAUAUGCGAGAGAGCAUCUUUUGAGGUGCUGCACAGAUCCAAUAACCUAAUGGACCCGCAAAGAAUAUCUUCUCCGCAGCUCAAACGAUCUUGCUGUGCGGCUUGCGAUUGGAUCAAAUCUUCUACACACUCAUAUAAAUCUUGAAGGGCGGAUAAUUUGUCGCAUUUGGAUACUGUCGAUGAGGAUGUCCCUUCCGGGGUCCUUAAUCUGCACAAGUGCUCCUCAACAGUGGCUGUCAAGGGAUGAGAUCUGGAUGGUAAGCUGAUGGAACGAGAAUGAGCACUAACUUUUGUGGUUGCAAUUGAGGCUGCCAUUUUAUUUGCAGGAGGAAUUAGAUGCCAAUGAAAAUCCUGAACUCAAGAGAAAGAGGCCAAGUAUCAGAAAAUGCAGAUCUCAAUUGUAGCAGUGUCUGUGGGAGGAGGAACAUUUGCUUGGCACAAAAUAAUAUAAUAUGCAAGAAACCAGGCUGGCGUUCAUCUGCAAAUUUUGGACAGAUGGAUGAGAAGAUAGACUCGAAAACUGAGAUGCUGACUUCUUCGACUUCCCUUAGAAGGCUCACGAUAGCAGGAGUCUCGAUGCUUUUGUUAAUUUUGGACUUCUUAGAACCAGCAAAGCACUUGGAGAGCAUUCUGUUUGCCUUUUUCUUACAUACCAGGUAGCUUGCGAUUCUGCUUGAUACAUCAGUUUGUCUUCUACGUAGAGAGGAUUCUAGAUCUUGAACUGAAUCUCUCAUAUGCGAGAGAGCAUCUUUUGAGGUGCUGCAAAGAUCCAAUAACCUAAUGGACCCGCAAAGAAUAUCUUCUCCGCAGCUCAAACGAUCUUGCUGUGCGGCUUGCGAUUGGAUCAAAUCUUCUACACACUCAUAUAAGUCUUGAAGAGCGGAUAAUUUGUCGCAUUUGGAUACUGUCGAUGAGGAUGUCCCUUCCGGGGUCCUUAAUCUGCACAAGUGCUCCUCAACAGUGGCUGUCAAGAGAUGAGAUCUGGAUGGUAAGCUGAUGGAACGAGAAUGAGCACUAACUUUUGUGGUUGCAAUUGAGGCUGCCAUUUUUAUUUGCAGGAGGAAUUAGAUGCCAAUGAAAAUCCUGAACUCAAGAGAAACAGGCCAAGUAUCAGAAAAUGCAGAUCUCAAUUGUAGCAGUGUCUGUGGGAGGAGGAACAUUUGCUUGGCACAAAAUAAUAUAAUAUGCAAGAAACCAGGCUGGCGUUCAUCUGCAAAUUUUGGACAGAUGGAUGAGAAGAUAGACUCGAAAACUGAGAUGCUGACUUCUUCGACUUCCCUUAGAAGGCUCACGAUAGCAGGAGUCUCGAUGCUUUUGUUAAUUUUGGACUUCUUAGAACCAGCAAAGCACUUGGAGAGCAUUCUGUUUGCCUUUUUCUUACAUACCAGCUCAAACGAUCUUGCUGUGCGGCUUGCGAUUGGAUCAAAUCUUCUACACACUCAUAUAAGUCUUGAAGAGCGGAUAAUUUGUCGCAUUUGGAUACUGUCGAUGAGGAUGUCCCUUCCGGGGUCCUUAAUCUGCACAAGUGCUCCUCAACAGUGGCUGUCAAGGGAUGAGAUCUGGAUGGUAAGCUGAUGGAACGAGAAUGAGCACCAACUUUUGUGGUUGCAAUUGAGGCUGCCAUUUUAUUUGCAGGAGGAAUUAGAUGCCAAUGAAAAUCCUGAACUCAAGAGAAACAGGCCAAGUAUCAGAAAAUGCAGAUCUCAAUUGUAGCAGUGUCUGUGGGAGGAGGAACAUUUGCUUGGCUUAAAUUAAUAAUGGACCAGGCUGGCGAUCAUCUUCAAAUUUUGAACAGAUGGAAGAGAAGAUUGAGCUGAAUACUGUUAUGCUGACUUCUUUAACGUCUCUCAGAAUGCUCAUUUGCAGGAGUCUUGAUGCUUCUAAUCAGAAGCUCUUGUUUGCGAUAAAGCAUGGUUUUAGGUGCUGCAUAAAUCAAAUGAACUAAUAGACAUGUUAAGAAUAUCUUUUCCUUUUAACUUUUUUUUAGCGGCUGGUAGUUCGAGGGUCUUACACACUCAAGCAAGUUGUGCAGCGCAAUAAUUUGUUGCAAUCAGAUAUUCUGAAGUAUACACACACACACACACACACACACAUACUUAUUAUUUCCAUAUUCUAUUCACUACUGACAGUCUGAGGGAUAAUUUUUGGAUGGAAAGCUCAUGGAACGAAAAUGAACAGUCUUUUCUUGACCAUGAUCCUUGCAAGUACAUUAGAUGCCCAUGAAUGCUAAACUCAACUUUAGUUUGAUAAACCUCUUCUAUAAGUGCCCUGUGUGUGUUUUUCUAGAGAGAAAAUGAACAUAUUGUUGUAACUUGAUAUUUCCAAUGUGUUCAACAUUGAAACUUGCUAUCAGCAUAUGCAGAUGUCAAGGACUUAAUAGUAGUAGUAGUGUGAUCCUUAGCAGCUUACAAAAUUAAUACUAUAAAACCCCAGAGCUGAAGCUGGUUAGAUAAGGUGAAUGAUAGUUUUAACAAGGCAUGCCUUCUCAUUUGUUUUAAACUCCGGAUAAUUAGUUAGCAAGGGACAUUCAGAUGCACCUCACUUGAAUAUAAUAUCAAACAGGUCCUCAAAUCAAUGCACCACCACUCUCCCUUGAUAAAUCAUCUUAAAGAAAACUGUGUAGAUGCAUUAUUCUAGAUUUCUUAUUAUUCUCAGUGCAUGUGACUUAUAAUACAGUUAUAUUUUUAGCGCUUUACAAGAUACACAUCAUUCCAUAAUAAAUCUAUAACUAUGAUUUUGAUACCCAAGUUCUGAUCAUUGAUGAAAAAAUGGGCCUGGGCAGAAUCUAAGACAGCCCCAUCAAGAAAUUAACUCCACUCAAUAUCCCACAUCGAAACAUAAAACAAAAUUCGUGUGCAUAAGUAUGGAAGACACUUAUAAAUAUUAUGUGUUCGUAGAAAGGAGAGAUGGUUGGCAUCUCCCCUGACAGGGACGGGAACUGCUCUCCGGAGCAUCACCUGUUUCCACACAUCCGGUUAAGGCUUUCCGCUCCGGCGGAUCUUAUAACCCAAUUUUUU